AUGGUUUGUCUCUCCACAUUCUCUCUCUCUAUGAUUAAGUAAACUAGUUUUUCUUUUGUUUAUUCAUUGACUGAGCACUUCUAAGAUACUUUCCAGAUCUACAGUGAAAAAAGGGGGUUACAGAGGCUGACGAGAUGACAUGAAUGGCAAGGCCAGAUGGAUUUUCCCCAAUCUCAACUUCUUUCGCUUUUCUGAUCUAAGUGGCAUCCGAUAAACAAAACUUAUUCGUGGAAAUGAUUAUCGCGUUUCAAUCAUUCCUUCUCCAGUCGGUAAAUUUUAUCGGUUUCCACCAUUUUUGCAGAAUUUUGACAAGUAUCGAUGAUUCUUCUUCUUUCAUUUCGAAUUUGCCGAUCAUGUCAAUGAAACAAUCUGUUAAUUGCGUAUAGACUCCAUUGAUGCUCAAAAUCACAAUUUCCUCAAAGUAAACAGACAUCGAUACUUUUUGUAUUGUUAUUAUUAUUAUUAUUAUUAUUAUUCUAAAAUGGUGAGCGAGAUGGUGGAUGAUCAUGUUGAAGAUAUGGAGGUUGAAGUCCUCUCUUCAAUGUGGCCUGAAGACAUUGAUGAAGCUGGAAAAAAGUUCAAUGUAGAAAAACCAGGACUCCAUGAAGAUAUGUUAGAGGAUCUUGCCUUCAUUGAAGAGCCUAGUAUAGUUGACUUCAAAAGGUUAGUAGAACUCACAAGUUACAGUGAAAAAGGGUCCUCACAGUUAGCUUACCUUGUAAAAAACUGGGAAUAUAAACAAGAAAAUGCUGUGAGACUUUUGAGGGAAGAGCUUGAAAAUUUGAGCAAACAACAACAUGAAGUUCAGCUUAAAAAAUUAGAAAUCUUUGAACAACAUCGUUUUGAGGAAAGUUACGAAGGUGAUAAACGUCCAGUUUCUGUGCUGGAUGGAGUUUAUGAAAUAUUUCAAGAUGUACCCAAGAAAAGAAAUGAUGUUAUUGUUGAAGAUAAACGGGUAGAAAUAGAUGCUGAAUAUGAUACAGUUAUAUAUUGGAAGCAAAAGGCAUUGCAUUUGGGAAAAUUGUUGGAAGAAAGUGUUCAGAGAGAACAUAUACUUUUGGAAAAGUUGGAGGAAAGCAUUGAAAACCUUGAAAAACAAUCAUCACCUGUUGAAGAACUGUCCCAGAUCUUGAAAAGAGCUGAUAAUUUUUUACAUUUUGUUCUUCAAAAUGCACCCGUUGUUAUUGGCCAUCAGGACAACGAGUUGCGAUAUCGCUUCAUUUAUAAUCAUUUUCCAAGCUUACGAGAAGAGGAUAUAAUCGGGAAAACAGAUGUAGAAAUAUUCAAAGGUGGUGGUGUAAAGGAAUCCCAAGAUUUCAAAAGAGAAGUUCUUGAAAAAGGAUUACCAGGAAAAAGAGAAAUAACUUUUGAGACCGAAUUAUUUGGUGCCAAAACAUUUUUAAUAUAUGUUGAACCUGUUUUCAGCAAAGAUGGAGAGAAAAUUGGUGUAAAUUACAUGGGUAUGGAAAUCACUGAUCAGGUAAAAAAGAGAGAAAAGAUGGCAAAACUCCGGGAAGAAAUAGCCGUGCAGAAAGCUAAAGAGACAGAACUUAAUAAAACUAUUCAUAUUACAGAGGAAACAAUGAGAGCAAAACAAAUGUUGGCAACCAUGUCACAUGAGAUAAGAUCUCCAUUAUCCGGGGUCGUUAGCAUGGCAGAGAUUUUAUCAACUACAAAACUUGAUAAGGAUCAGAAACAGCUCUUGGGUGUUAUGUUAUCUUCUGGUGAUUUAGUUCUUCAACUUAUAAAUGACAUUCUUGACCUUUCCAAAGUCGAGUCAGGAGUUAUGAAGCUGGAGGCUACAAAAUUUAGGCCUAGAGAAGUAAUCAAGCAUGUUCUUCAAACUGCAGCUGCAUCACUGAAAAAGAUGUUGAUUUUGGAAGGACACGUGGCAGAUGAUGUCCCAUUGGAGAUUAUUGGUGAUGUUCUACGGAUUCGACAGAUUCUCACCAACUUGAUCAGCAAUGCUAUCAAGUUCACUCACCAAGGGAAGGUUGAGAUAAAUCUAUACGUAAUAGCAGAUCCAUAUCCUGAAGGCCAACAAGAACCGAAGAAUGUAAACACAGAUGAUUUAACAAAAAACGAUCUCCUGUUAAAUGGACAUGAGGAGAAUGAACCUCAAUCGCAUGAAACAGUAGUCUGGAUACGCUGUGAUAUUAAAGAUACAGGAAUAGGAAUACCAGAAACUGCAUUACCCAAUUUAUUCAAAAAAUACAUGCAAGCUGGAGCAGAUACAGCUAGGAAAUACGGUGGGACUGGAUUAGGUUUAGCGAUCUGCAAACAAUUGGUUGAGCUGAUGGGAGGGCAUCUGACUGUAUCGAGUAAAGAACAUUGUGGAUCUACAUUUACUUUCAUUUUACCUCAUAAACUUUCACAUCCAUGUGAUGGUUCAGAUGAUACUGAUGAGUUCGGCGACAUGGCCGAUAACGACGAGUCUGAAGAUGAAGACAUCACUUGUGGCUUUUUCCAAUUCAAGCCACACACGUUAGGCUCCGUGUUCUCUUCUAAAGACAGAAUCAGUGUGCUUCCGGAGAAUUUGUAUUCCAUUCCUUCGAGUAAAGUUGCUCUCAAAGAGAUUAAUUCCAUGGAUGACGAUUCCUCUUGUUUUGAUACCUCAUCGGAACCUGAAAGUUGUUCGAAAUGUAACUCAGAGAAUGAAAAUACGACCUCCAUAGUCGCUGCUUCAUGUUCGCCUUCUUCAAAAACAGAUUUAUGUGACACAUGGGAGGCAAGAAAGGAUUCAAAUAGAAGCUCAGAGUGUAGUAGUAGUUCCGGUAACCAGGAAGACGUUGGCAAUGGCAGGUCAACAAGAAAACCUAAAAUUCUUCUUGUGGAAGAUCAUAUGGUGAAUGUAAUGGUGGCAAGGAGGAUGAUGAGACAGUUGAAUCAAGACAUGGAUGUUGUGAAUAAUGGAGCUGAAGCUGUUCGUGCUGUUCAGAGUUGUGCUUAUGAUCUCAUUCUUAUGGAUGUAUGCAUGCCUGUAAUGGAUGGGCUUGAAGCUACGAGACUGAUUCGUUCAUAUGAAAAAACCGGGAAUUGGGAUGAAGCAAGGAAGGCUGGAGUGGAACCAGAACCACAUGAUCAUGAUCAUGAUUCUCCUUCUCACAAUCAAAUAUCCAGAAAGAGAAUUCCCAUCGUUGCAAUGACAGCAAACGCAAUGUCGGAAAGUGGAGAAGAGUGCUUUGAGAAUGGUAUGGAUUCGUUCAUUACAAAGCCUGUUACACUUCAGAACUUAAAACAAUGUCUUGAACAGUAUGUGGAGUGAUAUAAAAUCAGCGUGUAAAUAGAUCAUAUAUGUGUAUGUGUAUAGAAAUGUGAAUGUGAGUUAGGAAAGUUUUGUAAUCAAUGUUUGGUCUUUUUCUCGUCCUCUUAGCUCUUCACUUUAUAAGAGUUAGUUGUCUAAACAGUUUUCAUUUCUUUAGAGUUUAGAUGGGUGUUAUUAGGUUGUAGGUUAGCAAAAUAAGUAUGUAGGGGACGAGCUGAAUACCAUUGAGCUAGAUAUUAUUAUAGUUUUGUUUUGUGAGCAAUAAUUAAUUAGCUGUGAAUGGCUUAGACAUUUUUAUUUUUACAUAAUCCAAG